AUGUUCCUGCGAUGUGAACCGUACCUAUGUGAAGUGCCAAAUAAUCUACCGGAUAGUGAACUUCCCGAACUAAAGUGUAAUUUAACCGUUUGUCCGGCAAUACAACUCGAAGAACUACCAGUGUUUAGCAAAUUUGAAAAUUUUCGAAAGUUGCAACGUGUGAUCGCGUACGUUUGGCGGUAUAGUACGAACAUAAAGAAGAAGUCGGAGGAUGAUCGUGAGUUGAGAGAAUUUCCUACUGUUUCCGAAAUGCGAAUGGCAAUGAUGUUGAUUAUAAGGGCCAUACAGUCGCAGUGUUUUAUGGACGAAAUACAAGGAAUCAAAUGUGGGAAACCGUCCAAAAGAUUAGAGAAGUUGAGUCCCUUCCUAGAUGACUGUGGGUGUCUUAGGGUGGGAGGACGUCUUGAACAUUCCAAUUUGCCAUACGCCACCAAGCAUCAAUUUAUCCUACCGAAUGAACAUCCUUUGGUGCAAUCUCUUAUUGCUUCUCUCCAUCGUGAGCAUUUACAUGGUGGGCCCUCGGCACUCAUGGCAAUUCUUCGGAGUCAGUUUUGGGUCCUGAGUGCGAGGUCGAAUGUGCGCAAAAUUACAAGGAGCUGCGUACAAUGUUUUAAGGUGAAUCCGAGACUGCUUGACCAGUACAUGGGUGACUUGCCGAGAAGCCGAACUGAAAGGUCACCAGCGUUCCUGAAGGUAGGUGUCGACUUUGCCGGUCCAAUCUUCCUAAAGCAGAAUCAAAGAAAGGCCUCCCCGGUGAAGGGUUACAUCUGCGUUUUUGUGUGCCUUGUUACCAAAUCACUACACCUGGAAGUCGUCGAGAAUCUAGCUACUGAAGCAUUUAUAGCAUGUUUGCAUCGAUUCGUUGGCCGUCGUGGUUUACCCGAAAUAAUAUUCAGCGACAAUGGCACCAACUUUGUUGGUGCUAAGCAUGAACUCCAUCAGCUGUACUCAAUGCUCAAGGAUCAACUCACCCAGCAAAAAAUUUCUGAAUUUUGUUUACCAAAGGAAAUUUCCUGGGAAAUGAUUCCUCCUAACGCUCCUCACAUGGGGGGCAUUUGGGAAGCAGGUGUAAAGAGCGUGAAGACUAUACUGAAGAAGGUGACGAAGGACGCCCGCUUGAACUUCGUUGAAUUUCAAACGCUACUCAUCCGAAUCGAAGCCCUGCUGAACUCUAGACCCCUCUACUUGAAUCCUGAUGCUCUAACACCAGGACACUUCAUAGCUGAUCGUCCCUUAUUGGCUAUUCCGGAACCAACCUGUGAUGGCAUCCCCGAAAACCGUCUAUCUCGUUGGCAAUAUGUGCAAGUACUUCGCAAUCAAUUUUGGAAGAGAUGGUCUCAAGAAUAUUUAACCGAGCUCCAAGGUCGUGCUAAGUGGACUAAAAAGACCCCAAAUAUUCGCCCGGGAAUGGUGGUCCUAGUGAAGGAUGAUAAUCUGCCACCUCAAUCAUGGAAACUUGGAGUAAUCGAACAAACCUUCCCUGGAAAGGACGGUUGUGUUAGAGUUGUGAAUCUUCGAACAAGGAAUGGUUCUAUUAAACGUCCUAUCCAUAAGCUGGCUCCUCUUCCCAUCCUGGACAACGGAGAAAUAUCCAAAGACAGUGGUGCCCCGGGGGGAGUAUGUUCAAGCCAAGCUUGA